AUGAGCCAGAUGUAUGACGAGAAUUACUAUGCGGCUUCGCGACGCCGGUCUCUCGCAACUCCUCCUCCAUCCAUGUCUCCGCGCCACAGCCGUACCCGCAGCCACAGCGUGCGAGUGAGCAACGGCACCGCCAGCACCCACACCAGCUUCUCCAGUGCUCAAAUGUCGGAGGCCACGAAUAUCACUCAACCGCCCUCCUACUCAAAAAAGUUUGUGGUGGUCGGCGAUGGUGGAUGCGGCAAGACGUGCCUAUUGAUUAGCUAUUCUCAGGGCUAUUUCCCCGAGAAAUAUGUCCCCACCGUCUUCGAAAACUAUAUCACCCAGACCACGCACCGACAGUCGGGGAAGACAGUCGAGCUAGCGCUGUGGGAUACCGCUGGACAAGAAGAGUACGACCGCCUGCGUCCGCUGUCUUAUCCCGAGACCGACCUUCUCUUCGUCUGCUUUGCUGUUGACUGCCCCGCCUCUUUGGAAAAUGUUAUGGACAAGUGGUACCCUGAAGUUCUGCAUUUCUGCCCGACAACCCCCAUCAUCCUCGUCGGCCUCAAAUCAGAUCUCCGCACUAAGCGAACUUGCAUCGAGCUCCUCAAGACACAAGGCCUGACCCCAAUCACCCCAGAGCAAGGCCAAGGCGUGGCCCAGCGGAUGGGUGCUACCUACGUCGAGUGCAGCAGCAAGGAAAUGCGCGGUGUGGAUGAGGUCUUCGCAAAGGCUGUCGACACCGUCAUUUCCAUCGAGGAGCAAGGCUACAUGACUCAAAAGUCCUCAUCGCAUUCUCGCACAAGUAGCAAGCCUUACGCCGGCGGAAUACGACCAGGAAAGAAGAUUAAGAAGCGAAGCUGCAAGAUUUUGUAA